AUGCCCAUUUCUCAACUACCUGAUGCAACUGCUCGUCUUCUAGGAUCUUCCGUUCUGAUAGUGACUCCUGUCUCCCUUGUCAAGGAGCUUGUUGACAAUGCCAUUGACGCUGGUGCAAACGCUAUCGAAAUCACCGUAUCAGCCAAUGCAGUUGACAGAAUCCAAGUCCGUGACGACGGCCAUGGCAUUAACCCCGAAGACUAUAAUGCUCUAGGGCGCCGUUUCCAUACCAGCAAGCUCCGAACCUUCAAGGAACUACAAUGCAAAGGCGGGCAGACGCUGGGCUUUCGCGGUGAUGCUCUAGCAAGCACGAACAUCCUUUCUAGACUUACUAUUACCACAAGAACGGCCAAAGACGACGUUGCAAAGCUUCUAGUACUCAACCCCCAUGAAGGUGGUAUUAUUGUUCAGAAGGCCGUGUCGGCUCCAGUCGGAACGACCGUGGAUGCGAGGGAUAUCUUCAGUGGACUUCCAGUUCGCAGGCAGCAGACCAUCAAGGACAGCACCAAAUUUCACGUACAGAUUAAAGAGCUACUGCACACGUAUGCUCUCACAAGACCUCGCAUCAGACUCUCUUUAAAGAUUUUAAAGAACAGAAUACUUUCCUGGUCCUAUGCUCCCAGCAGGGGUGCCAAUGUCAGGGAAGCAGUUUUGCAAGUGUUUGCUGGAAAGGGCUACUUCAUCUCGGUCGACUCCCGCCCAAUGACUACCACCAGAGGUACCAUGAAGAAACUGACAAAAAUCUACAAAGACCACAUAAGCAACAGCCUUCAUACUGGAGCUUCAUCGAAGGCACUUAAAGCUCCGUUCAUCCGAGUCGAUAUCCAAUGUGUCAUUGGCAGUUACGACCCCAAUAUUGCGACAAAUAAAGACGAGGUUCUCUUUGCCAACGAGUCAAAACUACUGACUUUAUUCGAAAACAUGUGCAAGGAGAUAUAUCAGCCUUCCUAUGAACCGGGUCGCGUUACAUGUAAAGACAGCCAUAAUGGCCAAGCCGAACAGCUCCCUACCGUCAAUAGUUUCCCAGGCCUCGUAUCAGAUGGGGGAGAGAAACAGAUGUCUCUGCUGAUACGAGGGUUAGGAUCAGGAGAUGACCAUAUUGAGGUUGGAUUGUCAGCAGGGCCUUCACUGACUCUCAUCGACCAGCAAUUCCCAAGCUCACCUCCUAACAAAAGUCAUAUCACAGCUGCUGUAGAUGCAGCCGGGGAACCAGACGGCACAGUAUCACAGGGCAAUGAGGAUAUGGAUCGAGUGAACGGUGAAGGGUCACACCCAUCCCAACUAGAGAUCGCCGUUUCACAAGAAUCUCCCCAGUCUACUCAGUUUCCCCUCCGAAUGGGCUGGGAGGUUGACAUGACCAGAAGCAAAACUCAAAGCCCUGAAGGUUUCACGCAGGCCAUUCUUUUGGACCCAACCCCCUCAAACAUAGUUGAGUUUUUAAGCACACAAAGAGCUAAGCAGACUCGGCUCCAGAACCCGAACCCAUGGACUUUGGCUAAGUCAGUAACGAGAAAAGGCGGCGAACAAGAUAACAACCAAAGUGAAAACUUGAUUUUUAGUGAAAACAAACACAACUCUGCAGGUCUCGUUUCCCGCAAGCAGAUCCAUGCCCUCGACACUGUAGAUCUCAUGGAUAAAGAAGGCAGCAGUUUAAUCAAUCUGGUUCAUGAAGAUCAAGGCAACUCUCUUUUUCAACGGUCUAAUUGCUUUCAGGCACCCAUAGCGGAAAGGGAGGGCGUACAUGAGACAGGUGACCUCGAAUCUUCCAUCUUCGAACAUUCAAUUACUCCUCAUUGUAUCUGGAGCGCUCUGAGACAUCAGAAUAUGCCUGGAAUCCCAAUAGAUGAAAGCCAAUUCCAACGAUUCGAAGCACAACAUGUAUUUGAUGGCCUGCCAGCUGACGCAGAAAAAGAUCCAGUUAUCAGCCAGGGCAUUGACAAUUCCAACCCGCGCCUCUUUACCAAAUUUGUCCAAGAGAAUGCCUUUGGCACGCCCCCGCCUUCCUCUAGCCCACCAAAAAUGCGCUCUCGCGUACCUACUCGUGGUCGAGUAGGUAAACGAGGUUACAGAAGGCUUGAUCAGGCUACACUUGCAGAAUCAGGGGACGAUAACCACAAGCCAGAAAGACAGACGCAAAACAAACCUAGUUACAAUUCAACCAAGAAACUAGAAUCCUUAGGAAUUCAGGAUUCGGGGAUUGAUUCUCAUUCGAUAAUGAAGGGAAACGAUGUCCGAUUGGAUGAUGACUUCGUCAAUAUACUAUGGAAAGGAAGUCAGCGUGGUCAUGUCAGUCCUAGCCCGACAGACAAGGAUAUCAACAAGGCCCUUGACAGGUUGAACGCCCUCCGAUCUUGGCCCGAAGAUGUCAGUCAUCCAAGAAAAGAGGACCUGGUUGAGGAACAGGGCAAGUCAAUAAUCCGGAGAUCGUCCAUUGCAGCCCCUGAUUUCUCACCGCAAUGA